CCCGCCCCCGUCCCAGGGCCCUUGGUGGGUGUUUGGAGGAUUCACAGCUGCGCCGCUGCAGUGUGAGAUGCUAAAGAGAACCCUCGCCACGCCAGCCCACGCACGUGCUACUACUUACUGCCAGCAUUGAGAAAUGACAGGAUGGACAGGUUCCUGGUGAAGGGGGCUCAAAGGGGCCUCCUGGGAAAACGGGAGGAGCAAGAGCAGAGCGAAGAGGUGCCAGCCCUGUUGGGAGGAGAUGACGAAGGCGCAAGGAAGAGGCCCAGGAGAGAGACCCCGGGGAGCGGAGUCCACCCGGAAGGCCCCAGCUGGCGGCACAUUCGGGCCGAGGGCCUGGACUGCAGUUACGCCGUCCUGUUUGGCAAAGCCGAGGCGGACGAGAUUCUCCGGGAGUUAGAGAAAGAAGUGGAAUAUUUUACAGGUGCGCUGGCCAGGGUCCAGGUGUUCGGGAAGUGGCACAACGUGCCAAGGAAGCAGGCGACGUAUGGCGAUGCCGGGCUGACCUACACGUUUUCAGGCCUUACGCUGUCUCCAAAGCCGUGGAUCCCAGUUCUAGAGCGUGUCCGGGAUCGUGUCUCUGGGGUGACUGGACAGACUUUCAACUUCGUGCUUGUCAACAGGUACAAGGAUGGCUGUGACCACAUUGGGGAGCACCGAGACGACGAAAGGGAACUGACCCCUGGGAGCCCCAUUGCCUCUGUCUCCUUUGGUGCCUGCAGAGACUUCUUCUUCCGGCAUAAGGAUUCUCGAGGGAGAAAGCCCUCCCGCAGGGUGGAGGUGGUCAGGCUGCAGCUGGCCCACGGAAGUCUACUUAUGAUGAACCACCCGACCAACACUCACUGGUAUCACAGUCUUCCCGUCCGGAAGAAGAUUCUGGCUCCACGGGUCAAUCUGACUUUUCGUAAAAUCUUGCCUACUAAGAAAUAAAAACAUUUUUAAUGGUUA